AUGUUCCGCAUAUUUGUGGACCCAAGUAUCCGACCGCAUGAUACCGCAUUAGUCAAAGCCAUCAAGUCCAGAGAUAUCGGCCUCGUGGAACGACUGGCAGGAGUCGCAGGUCUGAAGGGCUUAGUGGACGAGAACGGUAACAGUGCACUGCACGUAGCUGCUCACUUGGGUCUUCGCUAUGAGGCGGAAUGCCUGAUGAUAAAUGGCGCCAACAUAGAAGCAGAGAACAAGCUGGGACACACCCCACUUGUGCAAGCAAUUCGAGCCAAGCAACUAACUCUGGUGAACUUGCUUCUUGAAUACGGGGCAAACAAGAAUGCAGUCAACCACGGAGGUCGAACAACGCUUCAAGGAGCAUGCCAGAUGCAAUGCACAGAUAUCAUUGUGGCGCUACUUGCUUUCACAGACAGCGUACAGCUCGAGGAAUUUGUCAACCGACGUGCUGACAACGGUCGGACGGCGCUGUCAUUUAUGAGUCCCACUGGAGCGAUCGAAAUUAUCAAACUGCUGUUGGACGCUGGAGCGAGCCCAGAAAUCGAAGAUCAAAAUGGAAAUUCCUCACUGUCAUGGGCUGCUUUCUGGGGCCAGACGGAGACAGUCAAAUUGUUUCUAGAUAGCGGCGCGUCCAAGAACCCUCCGUCGAGAAUCUCCAAGUGGAAGAAAAACGGGUUCCAAACGAGCGUGUCUGAAAAAACAAGAGUGGAGAUACUUGCCUUACUGGAAACACCUGAGAGCUCAAGAUUCAAAUGGAAGUGGGGCCGAAGCAAGUAA